AUGAACAAAAGUAACCCACCAUGUGAGGAUCCAGUCAGUGCUCAUAUCACGAUUCAACGACCAUGUCGUCAAACGAUACCUGGACAUGAAGGUUUGUUCUAUGCCCACUACUGCACAAAAAUAAAGGGUAUUCGCCAGAAGGACGGUUCCAGUUUACUGAUACGGAGAUGCUCUAUGGAUAAACUAACCGACAUACCAACUCACUGUGGACAAUUCCAAUUAGAUGAUGACUUAUACCACGGAUGCAUUGCGACUUGCUCCAAAGACUGGUGUAAUACUGGUGAUAGACCUUCAGUUUCUGUCAGGAUGUUAACAUUAUGUUUGCUUACUUUAUCGUAUACUGUGAUACUUUAGUUAAAUUAGCUAAUACAAACCUAAAUUAUUGCAGGUGGUAUGUGUAACGACAUUAUUAUUACAUCACGAUCAAACCAAACUUUGCAUUUAACAUAUCAUAUAAGUGUAACACUUAA